AUGAGCGAAAUUGGCGUAGCUACCUCAACAAACGUGGGUGUGGGACCCAGUGGAAGCAACAGUGCUGGCAGUAAGUUUUUUAAAUUUGUAUUACGGAAGGUAGGGUGGGGUGGAAUAGGGUGUUGUAAAGAAGGGAAGAGUAGAGAAUAGUAGGCUAGGGUAAAUUUGGGGGGGGUGAAGUAAAAUAAUAUCAAGUAGAGUAUGGUCAGAUAAUGUAGUCAAACCGUUUUUAGAUGACAACUUUGAAAUUUUGAAAGCCUUUCAUUAAGCCUAAAGCCUAAAACUUGUGAACAUUUUUCGAAUUUAUUAUUUACUUCUAUCCAGCACGUUGGCCUCGGAAAACACGCAUUAUUACAAAUUAUUUUUAUUGUGCACGUUUUGCGGCUGUUCCAUCAUUUAUAACCGCUUUUUUCUUCCUCGACCACAUGUGUGUUUCAUGACACAUAUGGAACGUCUUAAGCGUUCGGUAUUAAAAAAGAAUACUUUAUACCCUCAAAAAAAAGUUUAAAUUAAAAAAAAAUUUUUAAAUUUUUUUAAAAAAACUAAUUUAAUUUAAAAAUAUACCGCUAUUUUUGGCCCUACGGCUAUUUUCGGUCGAUUUGGAGGCGUUUUGAGUGGGAGUGGGGGCUGAGGAGGCGGGAUCAGGGGGCCCAUCUUCAUUAGAAAGUCCCUCAGGUCCCUUUGUUUCUCUCGUUGUUCAGGCGCAAUCGCGAGAUAUCGGGCCAAUUUAUGAGAACCUACAGACAAUAAGACACAAUAUCUGAUUUUACGCGGAGAAAUCGACCGAAGAUUUGUUUGAGCUUAAGAUUACUCAAGUAAUUCUCUCCGUACUUUGAAACACUUUCACGCAAAUUAUGGAAAACAAAACGUUCUUUGGGAAUCGACCGUUUUUUAGGUUUUAUGGGGUUGAAAAAUGGCAUGAAAAGUGUUUUGUUGGAUUUAUAUCCGGGGUAGGGAUCAAAUUUUUUGGGAAUUUUUUGUUGUAAAUUUGGGUUUAAAAUUAACGUUGUGUAAGCUUAAAAACGUUUUUUUUAGUUUAAAAAAAGUGCUAAUGAAUGGAAAAAUGAUAGAUAUAUAGUUUGGGAUUAGAAACAGCUGUUUGAGAUGUACAAAAUGACUUUUAGGUUAAAAACACUUUUAAGCUUACAAGACUUUUUAUGUCAUAAAGAUUUUAGUGUUUUAUUAGGUCCCGACAUAAAGAACCCGCCAUACUUUUCCUGUAAUUUUCUGUAAAAAAUGGCGGGUUCUUUAUGUCGGCACCGAAUAUCAACUGAAAAGCCUGAAAUCCAUUGUAAUAAGCCUAAAAUACUUUAUAAUAAUAAAAAAUAUUUUUGAGGUUAUUUUUUCUUUUGAAAUAAAAUUUUUGUUUUACUACUGUUUAAAACAUCUUUUUAGGCUUUGUUAACCCUAAAAUAAUUUUUUUUAUUUGCCAAAAGUUUUCAAACCUUGGAAUGUCAAAAACUGCGUUUAUUCUGAUUUGUUGGUAUCAACAAAUUAUAAACAGACGGUUUUAUUCCACCACAUGGGAUUGAAAUUCGAAUAAAAUGGGGUUUGGAUUUGUUUUGAAAUGAAAAUCUGGUGUUCCGUUUUUUGACCUUUUAGAUGAUUUUUUCUUGAUUUUCUACGUAUUUUCUGACUAAAUUUUAAAGUUUUUUUUAUUAAGUUGAAUUCUAUACGGCCUUUUAAAAAAAUUGUUUUUGCGCUAAAAGUUCUGUUACAAGGGUGCGCCAAAAGUUCUGUUACAAAACUUUACCGGUCGUUUUCACUAUGUAACGUCAUUUUAGAAUUUUAUUACUUUGUACGUAUUUUAAGCAUAGCAUCUAUAGUUGCCACACUAAGUUAUAUGUCUUAUCCAAAUUGUCAUGCCAAGAUACAUCUUAUCUAAUAUUGCCAUGCCAAGUUACAUCUUAUCUAAUAUUGUCAUGCCAAGCUAAACAGUGCAAAAACUACCAUGCCAAUACGUCGUCUUUCACGUUUACGACAUUCCGAUAACCCACGUUAAUCGAAGUGGUUUGUAACGAGUUAAUGGUGGGACAGGUGCUUUGGAUCAGUUGGUCGCACUUUUUGCGUAGGCGUGUGCCGUUUCUUUUUCGUUUCCCAACCCGCCUCGAGGCGCCGAUAAGGGGGGUUUUGUGGGUGCCGAUCUCUCAGUCGAUUUUUGUCUUUUGCCUCGGCCACGUUUGCUUCUAUGGCGUCUCUUUGAGGUUUGAUGGGUGGGGUAGGCAUUAACUGGGCGGUGGGGUGAACUUUAACUGGCUGGUGGGGUGGAUGGUUUUGAAGAAAGUUCUAGUUGAGGACAGAUGUAGAUUGCGGCGCUUAGUCUUAGUUUAUACAUAGACCAAGGUUAAUACAAAAAUCGAAAUUUUAAGCCUAAAGGAAAGUUUCCUAAAUAAACGAUUUUUCAUCCUCAAAAGUUGUUUGAUGUUAUGUAAGCUUGAUUUUUCUUUCUGUAUUUACAUUAGCCUAAAAAAUUUUUUAAGCCUAUAGGUCCUACAUAGUGGCUUAAAAGCUUGUUAUUCUGAGAAAAAAAUUAUUUUCUUAAGCCUAAAAAGCUUUUCAGUUUAAAAUCUAAAAAUCGUUUUUUUAAGUUUAAAUUUGGUUUUUAAGCAUAAAGAUUUGUUAAAUUUUAGUAUUUUUUAGAAAAAUGACAAAAUUUUUUGUAGUUAUAAAAAAUAUUUAAAUUUACGUGUUUUAGCUAAUUUUUAUUAGGGGCCGACAUAAAGAACCCGCCAUUUUUACAGGAAAAUAAAGGAGAAAGUAUGGCGGGUUCUUUAUGUUGACAUCUAAUAUAUUUUUAAAUUAAAAAAACAAUUUAAACGAUUUUUUUCUAUUUCCCAAUCACUUUUUCUCUCUGAUCCCAGCGUUUCUCGACCCUUCUCUCCCGACCCGCUUCUCUCGGCGGCCGAAAGAAAGCCCAGCGGCUGAGCCACGGCCCCCGAUCGCAAAAGUUUCGUUUGGAGAUUCGUCUGUUAUUAAGGCAUUUGAACUGCUGUUAAAUGGCCAAUGCCAUUGGGAGUUGAGGGCCUGGUUUAAGGGGGUUUCGACGAAUGGGACUUGUUUCAAUUUGUGUAUAUGGCAUUUUUAAAUUUUUUUGAAUUUUAAAUUUUUGAAAUUUUGUGAAUUUAAAAAAAAAAUUUUUUUAAAUUAUUGAAAAUUCAAAUAGUUUUUUAAAUUGAAAAAUAAAACUUAUUUUUAAAGUGCGUUUUGGUUGAUUUUGCGAUUUUUUCACAUGAAUAUCGAAGGUCAACAUUAUGAAGAGGAUUUUCGGCGGAUUGAUCAACAUGUUGCUUUACAUUUCGUUUUUUACUAUGCGAUAUAUAUAAAAAAUUCAUUUUGUUUAAUAUAAAUUUCUAAAUUUUUAAAUUUUUUUGAUUUUGUACACCAUGAGCUUUUAAAUAUACUGAUAAGAAAUAAAAAUUUUCUUUAUGGCUGCAUAAAUGCAAAAACUUUCUUUACAAAAGAGAAAUUUUAAACGGGGGUGGAUUUUUAAGUCUUUUUUCUAAAUUGAAACAAGUUUGUUUGUUUUCUGACACAUGUAAUCAAUCAGUAAAACGGCUAUUAAUAGUACCUUUUAUAUGAAAUUUUUUUUAAUUUUUAAAAUUUUUGAAAUUUUUUUUAUUAUGCAUAACUUUUUAAAUCUUACAGUACAUUUGAAGCUUAUUAUUGUUUUACUUAUUAAAUUUUGACUUUGGAGGUAUUUAAAUUUGAGUUUCUUUUAAAUUUUCACGUUUUGAUUUUUAAAAUUUUUAAAAUAUUUUUAAAACAUGCCAUUCCAGGUUCAACUACAGAGGGAAAAACCAUGCCUGACGGAAAGGCGCCCCAUUUCCCACAACAACCAGUCGCCAGACAAAACGACGACGGCUCCUUGGAGCUGGAAUGCUUCCUGGAAGCCCAGCCAUUGCCCGACAUUAAAUGGCAUUAUGAGAAUAAUGAGAUUAAGGAAGGCGGCCGAUUCAGCUUCAAAACCAUCAACCGAGGUGGAGACUCGUACUCUGCUACCCUCCAAAUCAAAGUAUGUUUCGACAAUUUUAAAGUUUUUGAAUUUAAAAAAUUUUAAUUGAGAGAGGGGGGGGGGUUGGGUAAGGUAGGGAUAGAUAAUGCAGAGUAGUGUACAGUAAAGUAGAGUAGAGUAGAUAGAGUGAAAAAUUUUUUAAAUGUUUUUAUUUCGAAAUUAACCCUUUUGUUUAAAAGUUUUAAAAAAAUUCGGCACCCACGGCCGUUUUCUUUUCGGCCGACAACUGUUUUAUCGGGACUGGUCAGUAUUUAAUGAAUUAUGAUAAAAACAGGUCGAGACAAAGGCCAAACGGAAUGAAAAAUAGUUGUUUGUACCUAAAACCUAAUGGAUAAAAUUUAAAUUUUUAAAAUUUUAAAAAAUUUAAAUUUUUGAUUUUUAGGUAACAAAAUUUACUUUUUUUAAAAUUUUUUACUUUUUAUUUUCUGAAGCAAUGCCUUAAUCCCCAAACCUUCUCCAGGAUCUUGCUGACAGCGAUGCCGGCUCCUACAGAUGUGCCAUCGUGAACCCGUUCGGUAAAGGUAAUGCCAACUUCAACCUUAAACUCACCGGCUUCUCAUCGCCCACCUUCCUCGAAAAACCACAAAUCUCGUCGCGCGACGAUGGCCGCGUCAUGGUCAUGGAAUUCAAGGCCAAAUCGCUGCUGAAGCCAACAUUCGUUUGGCAAAAGGGUGACGAAAUCGUGGCCGAAUCCGACCGCUACAAGAUCAUCACGAAGGAAUUGGGUAACAACGAGUACUACGCCGCGUUGGAGAUUGUGGAGCCAAAGAAGGAGAAGGAUGCCGGACAAUUCGUGUGCACAGCCAAGAACGAAUCUGGCAAAUUGACUGCGACCUUCUCGGUUAAAUUCGAAGUCCCACAAGGUGCUCCAACCUUCACCCGCAAACCCCAGAUCUUGCAAAAGACCAGCGAUUCCGGAGACCCGGCCAUCGUGUUCGACAUUGGAUUCCAGGCCGACCAAAACCCCGAAGUUAUCUGGUUGAACCCUAAGGGCAAGAAGAUGAAGGAAGCCAGCCGAAUCAAGUUUUUCCUGAACUCGGACGGUGGUGCCAACACCUACACCGCUCUGUUGGAGUUGAAGAACUACAAGGCAAAGGACAGUGGCACUUACACUUGUAACAUUAAGAACGACGCUGGUGAGGCCAAUGUGGAGUUGACAUUGAACAUUGAAGGUGAGUUAUAAGGUGGCGAAUAGUAUUUAUAGUUAUGGUGAAAAAUAGUAUAAUUAUGGCAAAAUACACUGUGGUAACUCAGUAUAUUAAGAGUAUAAUGUAAUUUUGAUGUUUUAGAAGAAGAUUAAUUGGAAGAGUGUGAAAGAGGCAGUGUUAUGGGUAAUAUCGUGUUAUUUUUUGUUGACGUACUAUCAAUUCCACUCCUCUUUCAUCCCCGAUUUAUUUUUUCAAACUGAGUGUUGGUACUGUACAGUAUCAAAAAAUUUUGAUUUUAAAAAAAUUUUACAUACGUUUUUAAUAAAGGGUUUCGUACUGUAUAGUAUUACAAAAGUUUUAAAAGUUGAUUAAUAGUAUUACUAAUACUAUUAAUCUCAGUAUUCGUACUAUGAACUAACACACACUAUUUCCAGGCCCAUUGGACGACGGAGGUGACGAAGCCAGCGAAGCCUAA